AUGCAUACAGGUAUCGCUUGGGACGCCGCUUUAAGCUUCAAAGAGCGAAUCGAUUCGUAUACUGCAUCUUCCGCGUUUUUUGAGGCCCUGAUUGAGGCGGGAGUUAAGAACUGCUUCGUCAACCUUGGGUCGGAUCACCCCAGCAUCCUCGAGGCUAUCCUCCAGGGCCAGCAGGACCACCCCGACACCUUCCCCGCAUAA